UGUAAUCUUGAAAGCCUCACAUUGCACAGUCAACCUGGCCUUCACUUUUUAAUAGGAAAUCUCACCGAAAGUGUUUGAAUGAUCUCUAUGGUUAGGUACAGCUACUGCUGCUCGUGCUCCAGUAGUUCCCAGUAGUUCUUACCUGGAACGAGGUGUUUUUGUUGCUGAAGAGUAUGAAGCGUGGUGGUGCUGCCAAAAAGGCCAAACCUGCCUCAAGGCCGGCUGUUAGUGUCCAACUGCCACCUGGAGAAACUCUCACUGACCUGAGAAAGCACUCGUGGAAGGUGGGUAAUCCAAUCGGCCGGGGAGGAUUUGGAGAGAUCUAUCUAGCUUCGCCAGCCAGUACAUGUUCACGCAGUGUGCCAGCAAACGCCCAGCAUGUUAUUAAAAUUGAGCCUUUUGUCAAUGGCCCUUUGUUCUCGGAGGUCAGCUUCUAUACACGGUGUGCUAAGAAGGAAACAGUGGAAUCAUUCAGGGCGGAGAAGAAACUAAAGCACCUUGGCAUGCCCAUAUACAUUGCUCAUGGUAAACACGACUUCCGUGGCUCAGAAUACAGGUAUGUUAGCUGCUGCUACUGCUGCUGCUGCUAUAUGUGUCUCUCUACCAUUUGCUGACCUGUCCUGCUCGUG